AUCGGAUUGAUGAUUCGGAGUGAUCUCCCUUAAGAAAAAAAAAGAACGUGUUCCACUAGCGUGGCCUAUGCGUAUUUUUAUCGAGACAUUUUAGGCAUUUGUGGAUACAGAAUAGCAAUCUUAAUAGGUUAGUCAUGGAAAGUGAAGCCAAUGCACUGAGGGGAAAACCGAAGUCAGGACGUGUGUGGAAAAGGGUUCGAACUAACAGAUUUUCAGAUUUUCUGAGAGUGAAAUGUCAGAAAACAUCAUGGGAAGAGAAAAUGGCGAAGAAAAAAGAACAGCAAGCAAUCAAAGACUUAGAAAAAAAGCUUAAAGAGCAGAAGAUAGAAAAGAUACAGUUAAAAAGACAGAGACGUGAGGAAAAUAAAAAAAGACGUCUUGAAAAUGAAAGAAGAGCAGAAAUUGUCCAGCCGAUAAAGAAUACCAGAAAGCUGAAAAGAAUAAAGAAGAAGCAACUACGUCAAAUUGAAAAACGAUAAUCAUCAUUUAUUUAAAGACAGAGUUUUUGCUGUCUGGCAGGAAAGAAUGGAUUCAAUCUGGCAGUGGGAGAUGAGGGUAUUUAUCAGGCAGCAAUAUGUGGUUGUCUGUUUUUUGGUGCACACCUGUUAUGGAGAUCACAUGAACAGAUUUGCAGGAAAGAAAUGACUGAUCAUAGACAAUAGAUCACAGAGGAUCUAGUUCAUACUUGUUGACUCACAUAGAUCCAGAAGGCAGCAGGAGAGAAAAUGUUGCAAGGAAAAUUAACUGGUCUGUAGAGCAGAAAACACUGAACACCUGUAGUGAAGCUGGAAAUUAUUCCAGAAAAUGAAAAACUGGAAUUGAGAUAGCACAGACAUGGAGUUUGAGAUUGUUAGACAAUGAAGAAGACAACAAUGCGGCACAGACUGAGGAAAACAGUCUAGAACAGCAGGCAAUGCAGGUAAAAGCAUGGAUCAACAAUAUUCAGCAAACCAAACAUGAAGAAAGCCCAAUGGUACCACCAAAAAAAAUAGGAACAUAGAGAGUAGUCGCCCUCCAAAUGUUUAGGUGAUGGGAAAUCACAUAAAGUUUUACCAGAAAUUUUAAGUAUGCAAAUGAUUACCGAACGUGUGUCAAGAAUAAAAGAUGUUUUUGAAUGAUGUAAAAUGUAUUGGUUGCAGUGAAUGUCCAUGCUGUAUGUUAAUAAAAACAAUGCAUGUGAUUGUGUACUGUGUCGGUGUGCUUGAAUUUAAGACGUUCAGCAUGUUAGUCAACAUAUUCUUUGUCAGCAAUAUAUGCAACAUUCAAUUCAUUUGCAUCCUCUUUAUUUCAAAUCUGAAAUUACACGUUUCAUUUCUAUCCUCGCCAAUAAUAUAUCAGUUUGUGCUGCAGAUGGCAUGGUGCAAACGUGCAUGUAAAUUAUGAAAUGAGCAAAAUAAAAAUUGAUAAAACUACCA